AAUAACCAGCUGAUUUCUCAAUUCUAAACUCUAUAUCAAACAGGGAAAAACUAAAACCUUCAUAUUAGAAAUAUUGAAAGAUUUCAAUUGUUAGAUGCUAUAUUUAAGAAGUGCUUUUCGAAAUUCAAGUAUUAAAGGCUUAUGCAUGUCCUUUUACGCUGUGGCCCGUGGCCAUAAUGUUGGCAUAUACGACAGCUGGACUAAGUGCGAAGAACAAGUUAAAGGGUUUAAAGGUGCUAAAUAUAAGAAAUUCAAAUCAAGUCGUGAAGCCGAAGCGUUUCUUCAAAAGAUGACUGGUCUUGCCAUGACGGAAAAACCAGUUUCAACUCCAAAAGACUUUUGGCCUGAAGAGGAAAGGGACUCAGUGGGAGAUUUAGAGCUGCUUGCCGCUGCAGCUGCUGUUGAACUGCCGAGUUGCAGUGAUAUACCCGUACGGAAUAAAAGAAAAGGAAACGCCGAUGGAGAGAUUAAACCAAAACAAAAAAAAUAUCCUGUUCAUGUCUCAAACGUCUGGAAACCUGUGGGAUUCAAAACAAUAAAUAAUCUUCCGUUCGAAAUUGAUUCCGAGGACUAUGUCAUUGUCUAUACUGAUGGUUCAUGUAUAAAUAAUGGACGGCCGGAUGCCUGUGCGGGUUUGGGGGUAUACUUUGGAGAAAAUCACUCGCUAAAUGAAUCACGACCAGUUACUGGUCGAGUUACCAACAACGUGGGUGAAAUUCAAGCGGCCAUUCACGCUAUUAAAACAGCAAAAGCAUUUGGCAUCGAAAAACUGUGUGUUAGUACAGAUUCACAGUUCCUUAUAAAUUCAAUAACGAUAUGGAUUAAAGUAUGGAAGCAAAAUGACUGGUGUUUGAAAAACGGUAAGCCGUUAAAAAACACUAUAGAUUUUAAGGAGUUGUAUGAAUUACUUGCUGGCGAAAGUAUACAGGUGAAAUGGAACUAUGUUAAAGGUCACCACUGCAUUAUUGGAAACCAAAUGGCGGAUAAGUUAGCAAGGGAAGGCUCUGACAUGUAUAGACGUUUGAAUAAUCUUAAGCGUACUAAAUAAAUACUUACUUGUUUGAGACCAAUUAAACUGAAAAAGUUUA